AUGUUGAUCUCUGGCGCCAUUCGUUUUAGAGAAGCACCAGAUGGGUACUAUGUUCCUCCUCACAUCCAGGGUCUGAACGUUAGCACUGCCACCAAGUAUGCUACUAUUGCCAGCGCCUUCGGCGUCAGUGCUGGUGUCUUCGCCCUCUUCUUCUUCGGCGAGGUCCCCCGUGUGCGCAACGAUCUGCUGCGCAAGGUCCCCUUCCUUGAUGAGUACUAUGACCGGAGCAUCCCUGCUGAGGACAACCCGUUCUAA